AUGGCAGCUGAGUCAUUGCCUUUCUCCUUCGGGACGGUGUCCAGCUGGGAGCUGGAAGCCUGGUAUGAGGAUCUGCAGGAGGUUCUGUCUUCAGAUGAAAACGGGGGUGCUUAUAUCUCACCCCCUAGAAACGAAGAGGAAGAAUCAAAAACCUUCACCACUCUUAACCCUGCGUCUCUGGCUUGGCUGGCUGGGGAGCCAGGACCAGCAGAAGUCACAAGCAUCUCCCAGAGUCCUCACUCUCCAGACUCCAGUCAGAGCUCCCUGGCUCAGGAAGAAGAGGAGGAAGACCAAGGAAAAACUAGGAAACGGAAACAGAGUGGCCAGUGGCCAGCCCGGGCUGGAAAGCAACGCAUGAAGGAAAAAGAACAAGAGAAUGAAAGGAAAGUGGCACAGCUAACUGAAGAAAAUGAACGGCUCAAGCAGGAAAUAGAGCGCCUGACUCAGGAAGUAGAAGCCACACGCCGUGCUCUAAUUGACCGAAUGGUUAAUCUACACCAAGCCUGAACAAUUGGAACCAUCACUCCCCAACUGGGGCCACUACCUACCUUACCCUGAAGUGGCUACUGACCACUUUCACAUCAGUGUCAAUGAUGUGACCUUCAACACAUGUCCAGUUGGGGGAAGGAUUGGGGGAGACAAAAGCAAAGGGUCUCAGCUUGUAUAUAGAGAUAAUACAUUUAUUUAUUAACUGUCCAUAUCCAUUAAAGACUUUCUAUGA